GCCCUGGAGAGUGCUGUGGCAGUACUUUUUUAAACAGCAAUUGGAUGUUGUGGUCUGGUUUUACACGCCAGGAUGUCAUUAGCGGGUGGUGUUUUUCACAACGCUGAUGUGGUCAGCGGAGGUGGUGUUUACACACCGCGGUCACCAUACAGUGACUUUGAUAUGUGUCAGGCGUAUAGCCGAUGAGAAACUUACCAAGAUGUUAGAGAUGCACCGAUACUGACUCGGAUCAGACUGGAUCGAGUAUCGGUGACAAUGGGCCGAUCUGGUAUCGGAUACCAUUAUUAUGAUAAAUAGCAAUUCAGCACAUUUAUACAUGUAUUUAUUCGUUACAUUAUGUUUCGAACGAGUUAAGAAAGUCAAGUUUAACUCUAGCUUGAUGUUGCCUUACAGUGAGGCGUAUAGCUUGUUGAUUAAACACUUUUAUUGGAUCGGUACUACCGGCUGAUACCCAAAGCCCAGGUAUCGGGAGUGAAGAGGAUGCACCUAUCCUCUUUAAGUGUUUUCCUUGAGGGACAGACUGCUGUCUCUGGUAGUUGUCGUGUCCUCGUGCACACAGCGGCCACUUAAGUUAUUCAUAUCCUUCAGAAAUGAUGAAAAGAGUGCUCAUGCAUCCGGGCAACUGGAAGUGAUCUCACUGGCUGCUGUUGUGUGGUUGGGAAGAUUGUCAUCAAGUCAGGUGCUUGAGAGUGAUGUGUGUUUGUGGGUGGAGGGUGUCACAGGGGGCACUUGAGUGUUUUUUUUUUUUUGGUGUUGUUCUUUUCAGUGAACUUUGGACUUUGUUGGGUCUGUUGUGUUGAAAGGAGGGUUUCUAAACGCAUGCUGCAAAAAGGGCAAAGGCCAGCUGUGACGUGCGCGUGGACCCGACUCGUAUAAAAAGACGAUCCCUCCUUUUUUGUGUGGGUGUGCGUGCGUGUGUGUGUUGGCAAGGAUUUGUUUUAUUCUGAAAAUGCGACACUCGUACCUGCCGCUGAAACAGCGACAGCCCAGAAGAGCCGCAGGCGCUCCGAUGCUAAUGUUGUCGGGGGCUUUGACUUCUCCCAGCCAUUGCGAGGAAGCAGCUCCGCGCGAGAGCCACGGCGCCACUCUCUCCCCCCCGGUGCUCGCCGUCCCGCUCCUCUCGCCUCUCCGCGCUCGGCAGGUGCGUUGGAAACAGCCGACCGCGUCCCGACCCGCGACCCCAACGCUCGCGCCGCGAUGGACGAGACGGACGUCAUGGACCUAACGCAUCAGAAGGCGAGGAAGCGACCGCGUCCGAUCGGUUCCGCGGACGAGUCCGUGCACGCUUCCCUCAAACGGCUGCCGAUCCGAGCGGCGGAGUACAGGGAGCCCUCGCUGAUGUACGCGGUCAGAGGAGAGCCGAUUCCCGCAGCGUCUCUCAAGCAAAACGACCACUCGGUGACUUCCUCUCCGAACACAGUGAUGCCCGCGCAGGAUCAUCGCUCCAGUAUGUCCAGGCCCAUGAUCACUCGAUCACCGGUGUCUCCCUUGAGCAACCAGGGCAUCCCAACAGCUGCACAGCUCACCAAGUCCAACGCCCCUGUGCACAUCGAUGUGGGCGGACACAUGUACACCAGCAGUCUGGCCACCUUGACGAAAUUCCCAGAAUCCCGAAUUGGUCGUCUCUUUGAUGGCACAGAGCCUAUAGUCCUGGACAGCCUGAAGCAGCACUACUUCAUUGACAGGGAUGGACACAUGUUCCGCUACAUCCUCAACUUCCUCAGGACGUCCAAGCUCCUCAUCCCAGACGACUUCAAAGACUACAGCCUGCUGUACGAGGAGGCGCGGUACUUCCAGCUGCAGCCCAUGCUGGCUGAGCUGGAGAGCUGGCGCCAGGACCAGGAGCUGAGCCGGGUGUCGCGCCCCUGCGAGUGCCUGGUGGUGCGCGUGGCGCCCGACCUGGGCGAGAGGAUCACGCUCAGUGGCGACAAGGCCCUGAUUGAAGACGUGUUUCCAGAGAUCGGCGACGUCAUGUGCAACUCUGUCAACGCCGGCUGGAACCAUGACUCCACGCACGUCAUCCGCUUCCCACUCAAUGGGUACUGCCACCUCAACUCCGUCCAGGUUCUAGAGCGCCUCCAACAACGCGGCUUCGAGAUUACCGGCUCCUGCGGCGGAGGCGUGGACUCGUCCCAAUUCAGCGAGUACGUCCUGAGGAGGGAGCUGAGGAGGACGAGUCAGCGAGGCUCCAAUUCGAACAGGAUAAAGCAGGAGCAGCUGGACUAGAAACCUCCCGAGCAGCAGGAGGUGCUAGACUUUUUACUGUGGCGGCCAAGCGCUCGAUGCUGCAGAGCUCUGUGGACUCUGUUUUUUUUUCUUUGUUUCCUUGUCGAUGUUUUUAUUUUCUUAAACUUGAGAACCACCUAGAGAAUUAAAAAUGAGGUGCAACAGGAGAUUUUUUUUGCCAUAAGAAGAUACAAGACAUUUGAUAAGUUUGAGAUUGCAAGGACAUUUGUGAAUGUCGAGCCCCCAUAAACCAAUUUAAAAAAAGGAUUUAUAUACGCUGGAUCCCCAAACAAAGUUUGUUUUAAAACUUGGAGCCUACAUUAGGUUAAAUAUGAUUUCUAUUAUACCCAUAUAAAUUAAAAAAAAGGCUUUUCUUGCUUGUGUAGUAUCUUGCAUAGCUUGUCACCAGUGACUUGAUUUUGAUGUCUCACUGGCAAAUUGGUCUGUUUUUAUCCCUCGCUGUAAAAAGGUCACUAAUGUGUUGCUUACAGUACAGAAUGUCUCAGUUGUCAUAAACAGUUAGUUCCAACAAAGCAUCUUUUUUUCACAACUAACAUGAUGUUGAAUAUUGUGAUACCAAUGAAGUGUUUUUUUUUUUUUUAAACUUUAAAGGAAGUUGUUUUUUUGGAUUAUGCCAUGAGAUAGUUAAAAUUAGGAUCAUCCAAAUGAAACACCCCGGACCAUUCUGUAUGCAGUAAAGGAAAUACUUUAGUAAAUUAUAAGUUCACACCAUUUGCCUCAUUGGGGAGUAUAAUUGAAUUGGAUCAUAAUAUUCAUAAUAGAGUCAGGACCUGUACAUUUGAUCAUUGUAUAUGUGUUUGUGUUUUUUACAUUGAAUCUUUUUAAAGCAAAUUUGUUGCCUCUGACAUGACUGAACAGAUUAUUGUACCACCCACUCCAAGAUCACUUUUACUUGUAGCACAUAUUGAUAUGAAGUUGGAUAUAAAGUAUUUCUAACAUGACUGACCCACCUACGCUCCCUAGAUUUGAGUAAAGAGGAAUGUAGCAAAAAAAAGAAAAAAAAAAAGUGAAAUAAAUCUCAACAAAAGUU